UUUAAUUUUAUUUAAUAAUUUGAACACCCAAAAAUGUAACAAUAAACAAAGUACCAAUGUUUUGGUACAAAUGUACCAAGCCGUUCAUGCACUUCCCAUUGGUCACUGUUAUGUUAAAAUUGCUAAGAGAGCGAUAACAGUGAAGAUCUCUUUUAUGCCCGACGAAUAUCGUAAGUCCCUGUUAGUAUUAUUUGAGUGCUGUUUUUCGUUUGCGUGCUUAUUCACUUUGUUACAAAAAUUGUUAGUGUCAAAAUCUUUAUUUUUAUUUAAAAAAUAUACAGUGUUUAAUACAGGUGUAUGAGCCGUUUAAUAACAGAAUAAGAAGAAGAUAUAUCUAUAAUGGCCUCUGUAUCACAAAGCAAAAGACAAAAAAUGUCUGAACCACAAGGUGUGGAGGAUAUUGUACCAAUAAACUAUAAGGAACUGGAUAUUAUUGGCACAGGCGCCUAUGGUACCGUUUAUCGGGCACGCGACAAUCUAACAGGCCAAUUCGUGGCUAUUAAGAAGGUGCGCAUUGCACUCACUGAAAACGGAGUGAGUGCAUCGACGCUGCGAGAGAUUUCCCUGCUGAAGCAGCUAAACACAUACGAUCAUGCGAACAUUGUUAAACUGUUCGAAGUAUGCCAGUUCUUGGAACGAGAUGGCAAAUUGCUGAUUCUGCUUAUAUUUGAGCACUUAGAACAGGAUCUAUCUGACUUGAUAGAAGCUUUACCACAAUCCGGCAUGUCGCCCCUAAAUGUGCAGCGCUUGGCUCGCGAGCUGUUAACUGGCGUGGACUUUCUGCAUGCCAAUCGCAUUAUUCAUCGGGACUUGAAGCCUCAAAAUCUGCUCGUCUCAUCACAGGGUCAUUUGAAAAUCGCAGACUUUGGUUUGGCCAAGACGUACGGCGUGGACAUGAAACUCACCUCAGUGGUGGUCACCCUGUGGUACAGGGCGCCCGAGGUGCUGCUUGCCCAGGGCUAUAAUAGCGCCGUCGACAUCUGGAGCGCUGCCUGCAUCAUCUUCGAGAUGUUCAACCGCAAGCCCCUCUUCCCGGGCAACUCUGAGAAGAAUCAACUCGAUCGCAUCUUCGAACUUACUGGGCGUCCGACGGAGCAGCAGUGGCCAAAGAGCAUUUGCAUUACGAGGGAACAUUUUCCACCCCGCGCUCGCAAGCGACCCUCCGACUUCUGUCCAGACUUAUGCGAGUUCGCUGAUGAUUUGCUGAAUCAAAUGCUUUCGUAUGAUCUGCAUCAGCGUCUCACUGCGUUGGAGUGCUUGAAUCACGAUUACUUCCAGCAGGAGCCACUGUAAGGGCUGUUUUAUAGUCCACAAAUCCAAGCGAUAUGCUGCAAUGUUCCUUUUCUUUAUAUAUAACUUUCCCAGAUAUAUAUAUAUCUAUUUUUUUUUAUUUGUAUCAAUCCUUAUAUAUACAUAUAUUGUUAAUUGUAAAGGUUUUUGAUUUUUGUUAAUCAACUGCAGUAAAACGGAGCUCGAGGAUUGCGAGAUCCUUUCUAAAAUGUGAUACAUCAAGUUCAGGACUAGAGACGUGCUCAGGCAUAUAUCCUAUAUAUAUAUGAUCAAUAUAUAUACCACGUAUACAUAAAUAAAUAUAUUCAAAAUUGCGCUGUUCGUAAUACCUGUACAACACCACUAUAUAUACAUGCAUAAAUAUAUAAUUAUAAAUAU